AUGGGGAUUUGAAAAUAGAAUCCUUAUAAAGGGAAUAUAUUUAACCCUAUAUUCUCCGGAAAUGUGAAUUCAAUUGUGAUUCCUUCCUUCUGUGUUGCAGAAUGUCGAUGGAAGAAAGAGAGAAGCCGCUGAAAUCGAAAUCAGAAUCAGACUCGAGUUCUGAAUCGGAUACGGAACCGGGGUCGAAGCCGAAACGGCGAGUUAUUUAUGAUUGGGAAUUGAAACGGCCUGAAGAUCUUGUUGCGAGUGACUUCUCUAUGUAUGAGGAUGAUCCUAAACCUUUUACAAUGCGUUCUGGACGCUUUGAGUAUACGAACAAGGCCUGGAUUGAAAGAGAGAAGCAAAUUGAAGUCGCCAUGGCUGACUAUAGAGAGCGCUCUCGCAACCUAACUCUCUUCGAUGCCAUCGCCCCUCCAAAAAUUGCAGGUAUAUGUGGCGGUGUAAUUCCACUUUCCAUAGACGAUGAUUGUCGACUUAAUCUCACUCCCCUAUGCAAUGUUGCCUUAGACAACUACAAUGCUGAGAAUCAGGGUUCAAAUUUUGUGCUUGCCGACAUUGUAAGGACAACCUGGAGAGCUGGUGGUAUGUAUUACAUCACCUUUCAAGCACAAGAUACUCCCAACAGCCCUCAUAUAACAUUUCAGGCACAAGUACAAAGAAAACCGAAGGGACAACACAAGGUCUAUUCGUGCGCAAUUAAAACCUAACACACACCAUGGAAAUUAUGCCCACUGCAUCCACCUGCUGUGAGUCAACCUUUCAUUAGUCCGGUUUUAGUUGUUAGAAACACGCUUCUAAUAUGACUGUUUUUGUGUGGAAUAUUUGCUAGAACAUUUUGUAAUUUUAACUUUCUCGUGUCAUUUCACACCAUCUAAUUGCACUUAUGUUUGUUAUUUAACUCUAUCUGUAUUAUUGGAUGAACUUAUUGAUAUGAAUAGAGCUAAG